AAGAUGAGUUACAGUAACAACGACAAUCAGAUUCAUGUUUACUGAAAGCAAACAUUAAAAGAUUAUUUCUGUCCUUUGCUUCUUUUCAGCUGGAUAACUUAAAAAAUGCUUUUGUUUUGCAGCUUAAGGAAGUAUUUCUAUAAUAGACUUUCAGAAGAACAAAAUGAUUUGGUCCAUGAAUAAGGUACAAAAUCUCAUUAAGAGAUUAACAGUUCACUUACAUGAAGACAUUUUGAUAGUUUUAAACUUUUCUUGAAUUGAUGAAGUAAUUUGAUUAAAUCGGAUGUAAUGUUUCAGAGGGACUGAAACUGGUUAGGUUUAGCUUUCUAAUUGAUUUACAUUUUAAACAAUGUUAUUAUUAUAUUCCAAAAAAGCAUGUUUAUCUUUAAAACAUUUCAAUUAAUAAAAACUAAAGAAUCACCUAGAAUAUUUUCCCCCAUUAUUUCAAAGCACAUAUGAUGGGGACUUGAAAAUGCAGUAAGAAUAACACAGGUAUUUAUGUUUGUGUAAGGAAUGUGGCUUUAUUGUCUGAUUUUUAUAAUCAUUCACUUUCAGUAAUAAUUAAGAGAAGAGAUUUGCAAUUUUUCCUCUGAUCUUCUUGAUCUUUUUUUUUUUUUUUUUUUUUUUUUAAAUCUUUGCAGUUGUUUUGCUUGUUCUCCAUAGUGUUGAUACUAUAAAAUGCAUAAGUGGUGUGUUUCUUUUUUCAAGAAAGAAUGUCGGUGCACCAGUUGAAUUUCUCUUUAAUAGAAGAUAAGACCGGGUGAGGCUUAGCUAUUGUUCAAAUAACCAAAAAAGUUCUUGUAUUGUUUGGGUUUUAUUUUUAAGCAAAGAGAAACUGAAACUGACUGUCUGGCUUGGACAUAGGGCUGGGCGAUAUGGACCAAAAAAAUCAUAUCUCUGUAUUUUUAUGCUGAGUGGUGGUACACAAUAUGCAUUAUAUGAAUUAUGGUAUUUUCUGCUUUGCAGAAAUCAGUCUGAUGUUUUCCUCAAAGACCCAUGCUUCAUUUCAUUUCAAUUACAUAAAAAUGACAACAAACCUGACCAUCAAGUCUGGGUAAACAGAAAGGUUAAGGAAAGUUGAAGCAAAUUUAAUACUACUAAAAUGCUGUGGCAUUUGUUGAUCCUGCAUGUUUUGCAAAUUGUAAUAUUCCCAUUAAACAAAACUGAAUGUCUGGAAAAUGUUCUCAGUACAAAAGCUUGUUGAUUACUCCCAGUCUUAUGGACUAAUACAUAGCAUUAAUUAAUUAAUGGUUAAACACAUUAUGAAAACAAAGAAUUUCCUGUAGCUCAGACAGCCGAACAUUGCACUAGCAAUGCCAAGAUCAUGCAUUCGAUUCUCCGGAAAAGCAGAAGUGUACCUUGAGUUCAGUGUAAGUUGUGGAUAAAAGCAUCUGCAAAAUGUAUACAUGUAAUUAUUACAUUAAUAAGCAUUGAUUUUGAUCACUCAAAGAGUGUUUCAAGGUACUUUUUUGUGAAGCUGAUUUGGGAGAAAAAAAUGCUAAAUAAAACAAACCAACUCAUUUUCAUUCCAUCUCCAUUCAUCUAUUCAAGCACAGAAUGGAAGAAUGUCUUUCUAAAUGAUAGGUCUAUGCAAAGAAACAAUGUGUUGACAUGUAAUGUGACAAACAACUUAUGUCACAUGAAAAACCUGUUUAAGCUAUUGUUGAGAAAUUACAUCUGUUUUUAGUGAAAGUCCACCCACAUUUAUUAAAGCACUGAUAAGACUGUGAGAUCUGCAGAUCAGCAUCACUGCAUUGAGCUGCUGAAGAGAGAAUCUCUCUGAGUUUGAUCUGAAGCAGCAGGUGCUGUUUGUCAUAAUGAGGUUUCUAAUCUCACUGUGUGUGUCACUACUGCUGCUGAUUAAUGGUGAAAUAACCAAUGGACAAACAACAGAACCUACGACUUCCAUCUCUGAUCCAUGCUAUGAUUAUAACACUCUUGAUGAUUCCUGGAGAGACAUACGGCAAAGCCAGUACUAUGGACGUGAUGACACCCUUGUUGAAUGGAGUGGAUGGUAUCGGCUCUAUUUGAAUGGAGAAAGUGCCCAGAUGUCGGAGUGGUGUGUGAGUUAUAUGCAAUGUGGUGGUGAAACUGGACUGUAUCUCAAUGGUUCUCAUCCAACACUUGAGGAUGGAGUGGUGACCCUUGAAGUUGUGGGAACUCAUUCAUGGUGGUGGUCAGGGUAUUCCCGUCAGUGUGGCGCCUACAGAUCCAUGUCCAUCCGAGUCAAAGCCUGUCCAGGAGAUUAUUAUGUCUAUGAAUUUGUCAAACCCAACACAUCAGUCUCUAGACCUACAUAUUGUGCAGUUGCUUUCAAAAACAUCAGCAGUGAUCCCUGCUACAACUAUGAGUCUCUGGAUCGUCCCUGGAGAGCCAACAAUGAAAGUGGAGCUUACUUUUGUGAUUACUCUUUCUCCUGGAAUGGCUGGUACCGGCUUUUCUACAAUGGGAUGGACAUCCGGAUGCCAGAGACCUGUGUUAGUUCAUUUAGCUGCAACACAUACUAUAAUCUGUGGCUCAAUGAUCCUCACCCUCAGAUAGAGGAUGGAGUGGUGAUCAGGGAGGUCUGUGGUAGUUAUCAUUGGGGAGGCUGCUGUGAAUACAACUCAAAACCCAUCAGAGUGAAAGCGUGCCCAGGCAAUUACUAUGUCUAUGAACUUGUGAAUCCACAAUUCCAGUGUGCCGGAUACUGCACAGAUGUCAGCACGAUUUCACAGGUGAUUUCCACUGUGAGUCCAGACAUAAUCACUGUAUCCAGCAUCAUCUUGAAUUAUGACCCAUGCAAUAACUACAACAUACUUGAUAACUCCUGGCGAAGCACACUCAAUUACUGGUCUUGGUAUGGAUACAUAUCUGAUCAUGAUGACACUCGUGUAGAAUGGGAUGGCUGGUAUCGACUCUUCAUUGAUGGAUCAAGUGCUCAGAUGCCUGAGUGGUGUUUUUAUUACAUGUCAUGUGGAGGUUUUAGUUCUCUGUGGCUUGGUGGCUCUCAUCCUCGGAUAGAAGAUGGAGUUGUUACUCGUGAAAUUUACGGCUCUCGCGAAUAUCAGUGCAGUCGCUACAGCUCCAACCCAAUCCAAGUCAAAGCUUGUCCUGGAAAUUAUUAUGUCUACAAAUUUACCAGGCCAAGGAUUUCAAUCCCUGCUCCUGUAUAUUGUGCAGUACCUUUCUCUACUCCAAGUGUCGACCCCUGCUACAACUAUACCAGUCUGGAUGAGCCUUGGAGAGCCACUGACAACUAUACUGACUAUUAUAACUCUAGAUGUGAUUAUAAUGUGGAGUGGAAUGGCUGGUACCGACUGUUCCACAAUGGUGAAAAUACUCACAUGCCAGAAUCAUGUGUUAAUUAUGGCAGGUGUGGCACUUAUCAUCCACUGUGGCUCAACGGCCCUCACCCACAGCUGGAAGAUGGAGUGGUCACCCGUCAGGUCUGUGUUUCAGUGUGGAGUGACUGCCGUGCUUCAUCAGUGGAUGGCUGGUGUUCUUAUAAAUCCCACCCUAUAAGAGUCAAAGCCUGUCCAGGAGAUUACUACGUUUAUGAGUUUGUAAAGCCAAUAUUUUGCGGGGCUUACUGUGUAGAAUCUACAAACGAGUCCAUCCCACCAGAAUCUACAACAGAGACAAUCCCAUUUAUAGAAUCCAUUACUCCACCAAUCACAACCACUGCUCCCCCUGUUGACCCCUGCUAUAACUACUAUGCCCUGGAUGAUCCAUGGAGAGCCACCAACAAUCAUUAUUCCUCUGAGAUAAUGUGUGACACUGCAGUCAGCUGGGACGGUUGGUACCGUCUCUUCAUUGAGGGUCAGAGCGUUCAGAUGCCAGACACAUGUGUUUCUGAAUAUAGUUGUGGCACUUAUGCUCCACUGUGGCUGAACGGUGGACAUCCAACUGUUGAGGAUGGAGUGGUCACUCGAGAUGUCUGCGGUCACUGGGACAAUAACUGCUGCUAUUUCCAGUCUAAUCCCAUUAAAGUCAAAGCUUGUCCAGGAGGAUAUUUUGUCUACGAGUUUGUGAGACCAACUACAUGCAGUUUGGCAUACUGUGCAGAUGUAAGCAACAUAAACAGUACCUAUACUACUGUCAUUCCAGAGACAACCACAACUGAAACAACCUCAGAAACUACAGCUGAAACCACAACAACAAUCUUUGAUGAAAAUCCUUGUUCUGAACUCAGCUGCUCUGAGAACGAAAGGUGUGGGAUGAAAAAUGGUGUUUAUGGCUGUUUAUGUAAAAAGGACCCUAACAGAUCACAACCACAUUCUGACUCAUUUGAUUUCUCAGAAACCUGUGAAAGCAGCUCUGGCUCAAUGUCUGUGUCUCGCUGUCAGCUCUUUGAGGCUGGUUUUCCAGCUGACCACUUACACCUCAAUGAUCCCAGCUGCAAAGGAAUAGUCCAGAAUGGGAGAGUGGAAUUCCAUUUUGAUAAUGAUGAACACAUCUGUGGUACAAAUCUUGUGGCUAAUGGCACUCAUUUCAUCUAUGAUAACUUUAUUCUGGGGACACCAAGGUCAGAAGGUCUCAUCAGCAGACAGAAGAUCCUGAAGCUUUCUUUCAGCUGUGUUUAUCCUCAAACACAAACAUUUUCCAUGAAUGUGGAAAUCAACCCACUGGAGAGUGUUGUGCACAAGACUCUUCCCACUGGUGAAGGCAGAUAUCAAGUUCGGAUGAUUCCAUAUGAGGAUGAUGAGUUUCACCCGGCCCUUCACUGGUGCAGUGGAACAGAACUCGACCAGGAGAUGCAUGUGGAAGUUCGUGUUGAGGGGGUCGAUAGCCGCCAGUUUGCCCUGGUGAUGGACACGUGUUGGGCUACACCUGUCAAUGACCCUGAUUACAGCCUCCGCUGGGAUCUCAUUGUUAACGAGUAA